AUGUUCACUAUCGGUAUCGGAUCGGCUAAAAUCGACAGUCUUUCGGGCAUAACCGUCAUAUCCGGAAUAGGUCUUGGACUGUCUGCAGUGGUUUGCGCCCCCUUCGUUCUCUCCAAGCUUUGGGAUCUCGAAUCUCAAUUCAACACCCACAAAAAGUCAGUAUGGGGACCCGUGGCUCGCUGGAUCAUCAAUGCAAAGUACACAAUCAUUGGGGCUGUGCAGACUCUUUUCAGGCUCAAGCGUGAGUGCGGUGGAUCGAUCUCAAAGAUCAUGGUAUAUCCAAUCAAGUCUGUUGGUGUCGGUCUCGAGACAGACGAAUGGGAAGUGGACUCUCACGGCCUGAAAUUCGACAGAGAGUUCAUGCUUUCGACCUGGGACGACAAAAAGGAAGCGUAUAUUCCGGUGACUCAGAGGGAGUAUGCCAGACUGGCAGCUGUCAGAAUCACCUUCAGAAAGACGUCUAGUGAAUCAGAGCCAUUGGACGGUGUUUUCAGCUUCGUUUAUCCUCUCAAAGAUGACGAUGUCAGUGGUGAAUUUCAAGGCAAAAGUUUUGAGCUUCCUGCUGUUGUUACUGAAGAGUAUGCUGUUGAGAAUUCUUCUUCAAAGGGACUACAUCCUGUCGACCUGUUUGGCGUGCCAUUAACCUCUUACGACAUCACCCGGGCUUUGCCCGAGGACUUUAACGACCAGCUUGGAAUACCAAAAGAAACUGUUCUUUUAUAUUCAUCCACGGGAAAAUUGGUCAAAACUGGAUCACCCGCAUCAAGACUCAUGAGGGAUUUGGACUCGAGGUUCCGUAAGUCUCUGUUCCACGAUUACUUUCCUGUCUUGAUAUUCUCCGAGGAAGAUGUGAAAGACUUGGUUAUCAAGGCCAAAGAGUACAAUAUUGAUGUUCAGAUCAACUUCAAGUCUUUCAGACCAAACAUUCUUCUCAGUGGAUCAAAGGCACCUCACGAUACAGACAACUGGCACCAGUUCAACAUCGUGAGCAAGAUCAAUCCUAGGGAAAAACACAAAUGGACUGUUGGGUCCAAAUGUGCCAGAUGUCCUAUGCCAAAUGUGGAUUUAACAAAGGCUGAAAUGGAUAAGAAAUAUCCUAUUACCAAUACGAUAACCAAAUACAGGAGAAUUGAUCCUGGCCACAGGUUUGCUGUGUUCUUUGGUAUCUACGGUAUCCAGCACGAUUCCGGCUAUACCAUUCGUGUGGGCGACAGUGUUGAAAUUGUGAGCAGGAAGUACAUGCCUUUUGUUGAUUUUGAGUAG